AGGCGACCGCGGACUCUUGCUUCGCGCCAAGCAGUUGAAGCUUUUUCUUACUUUUUUUUGAUAACAGACCAACACAGCGAGAAAGCGCGUUCAUAAUGGACAUCAGGCGGUUCUUUGCACCGACGUCGGCUAAGCCUGCGGUGCAGAAACCUGCCCCGAACGGAAAUGACAAACAGGAGAAGAAGAAGAAGAAUUCCUCGUCAACGGACGAGGAGGUGAAAAAGAAGAAGAAAGAGGCCAACAAGGUCAAAAGCAAAAAAACUGAGGAGCAACGCAAGGAUGGGGAGAAAAAACGAAAGAAGCACGCAGUCAUAGCCUCAGACUCAGAUGAGGAGGAGCCAGUAAGGAAGUCGAAAUCCCCCAAAGAGAAAGCGAAGACGAACAAAAAAGAUCCCGUGCAGUACGUCUCUGAAACAGACUCGGACAGUGACAACUUCCAGUCCUUGAAGAAGACUUCCAAAUCCAAGCAGAACGGCGCCGCAAAAACAGCAAAAGCGGACGCCGCGAGCUCUCGUCUGGAAGCCAAACAGUCAGGGAAGUCUCCUGUCAAGUCAUCCUCCACCCAGGGAAAAACCACACCAAAAUCUCCUCCUGUGCCUUCGACCCCAAAGUCAGCUCCGCCCCCUCAGCCCAAACAAACCCCCACAUCAGUACUCGAUUACUUUGGCAACGCGAGUGUUCAGCGCUCGGACAAGAAGCUGGUAGCCAGCACCAAACGAAAGGCUCCGACUCUCGCAGACGACCUGAUAAGCGAUGAGGAAAUCGCCAGGCAGCUGCAGAUGGAAGAGGACAUGGAGCUGGAAAAACAGGUCCACGAGGAUGAGGAGUUUGCCAGAACGCUGGCCAUGCUGGAUGAAGAGCCAAAAGCGAAGAAGGCUCGCAAAGGCUCUGAUGAAAAACAAGUCUUGACCACGAGCCCCAAAAAGAAAGCCACAGACGCUGCCGCCCCUGGGAGCAGCUCGAAGACCAGCGUGUCUGAAGAUGUGGUUAGUCCGUCUCCCAAAAAGACCACGGCUCCUGUAAAAGCCAGCUCCAAACUGGCCAUGAUGAAGAAAAAGGAUGAUGACAAGAACGAAGGGGUAAAGAGCAAAACCCCUACUAAGAUGAAAAUUUCUCCCAAAAAGGAGCCCCACGCUUCAUCCAUCUCAGAGAAGACGUUCACCCCCAAAACUGGAACCACGCCCACCGCACUUAAGACUUCUCCCAAGAAACCGGAGAGCACGAGCACAAGCCCUGACGACCAAGAGAAGAAGAAGGCCAACUCUUCAGCUUACAGGAACUUCCUGAACAGAGAUGGGCCGCGAGCUCUGGGCUCAAAGGAAAUCCCGAAGGGAGCAGAAAACUGUUUGGAGGGCUGCGUGUUUGUCCUGACCGGCGUCCUCGAGUCCAUGGAGAGAGAAGAUGCCAAAUCUCUCAUCGAGCGCUACGGAGGCAAGGUGACGGGCAACGUCAGCAAGAAGACCACCUACCUGAUUCAGGGCCGAGACAGCGGUGCAUCGAAGCUGGAGAAGGCGGAGAGCUUCGGCACCCAGAUCCUCGACGAAGACGGUCUGUUGGAGCUGAUCAGAACCAAACCAGGAAAGAAGUCCAAGUAUGAGAUCGCUGCGGAAGCUGAGAGCAAAACCACAAAGACCAAGACGCCUCCAAACCAGGCUUCAAAGAGCACCCCCAAGGCCCAGAAAAUCUCUCCCUCUAAGGGUAAUUCCAGGUCACCUCACACCCCGAGCCCUUCAAAGACGGGCCAGGCACAAGGCCACGGUACCAAGACCAGAGACGGAGGGACUCCACCCGGGAGAGGCUCGGGUCAAACUGCGCGAAGGGAGCUGGGCCUGUCCUCUUCUUCUUCUGUCCCAGAACAAUCAUCUCCAUCACCCACAGAGGAGGGUGGCAGCCUGCUGUGGGUGGACAAGUACCGUCCACGCUCCCUGAAGACUGUGAUUGGCCAGCAGGGGGACCAGAGCUGUGCAAACAAGCUGCUGCGCUGGCUGCAGAACUGGUACAAAAACCACGGCAGCGGCAGCGGCAAACCAGCAGCGGCUCGGUUUGGUAAGUUUGGAGGGAAAGAUGAUGGCUCAGGAUUCAAAGCCGCUCUGCUCUCCGGACCACCAGGGGUGGGGAAGACCACCACGGCUGCCCUGGUCUGCGAGGAGCUGGGCUUCAGUUACGUGGAGAUGAACGCCAGCUGCACUCGCAGCAAAAACAGCCUGAAGGAGGUCGUCGCCGAGUCGCUGAACAACACCAGCAUAGAGAACUUCUACAAAGGCACGUCGCAGACAGUGAGCAGUAAACACGUGCUGAUCAUGGACGAGGUCGACGGCAUGGCUGGUAACGAGGACCGCGGAGGAAUUCAGGAAAUGAUCGGCCUUAUUAAAAAUUCAAAGAUCCCCAUCAUCUGCAUGUGCAACGAUCGGAACCACCAGAAGAUUAGAUCUUUGGCCAACUACUGCUUCGAUCUGCGCUUCCAGAGACCGCGAGUGGAACAAAUCAAGGGAGCCAUGAUGUCCAUUGCUUUCAAGGAGGGAAUCAGGAUCCCGCCACCAGCUCUUAACGAAAUCAUUUUAGCCUCCAAUCAGGAUGUUCGACAGGUGAUCCACAAUCUCAGCAUGUGGUCAGCCAAGGACAAGGUGAUGACGUACGACCAGUGCAAGUCCGACGCAGCCAGCGCACGCAAGGACAUGAAGCUCGGGCCGUUCGACGUCUGCAGGAAGGUGUUUGCCUCGGGGGAGGAGACGGCCCGCAUGAGCCUCAUCGACAAGUCGGACCUCUUUUUCCACGACUACUCGCUGGCGCCGCUGUUCAUCCAGGAGAACUACCUGCACGUGCGCCCAGCUGCUGCAGGUGGCAAUCUGAAGUCCCACCUGGUGUUGCUCAGUAAGACGGCUGACUCCAUCUGUGACGGCGAUCUGGUGGACAGACGGAUCCGCUCAGGACAAAACUGGUCACUGCUACCCACCCAGGCCAUUUAUGCUAGUGUGUUACCAGGCGAGCUCAUGAGAGGCUACAUGAAUCAAUUCCCGAUCUUCCCCAGCUGGCUCGGCAAGAACUCCUCGACCAAUAAACACUCGCGCAUCGUGCAGGAGCUGUCCUCGCACAUGGGUUUAAAGACACUGAGCAGCAAACAGGCGGUCAACCUGGAUUACCUGCACUACCUGCGACAGGCGAUACUAAAUCCACUCCAGAAGCACGGAGCGGAGGGCGCUGCCGAAGCUGUGCAGCUGCUGGACGACUAUCAGCUUAUCAAGGAGGACGUGGACAGCAUCAUGGAGAUCAGCGUCUGGGGAGGACAGCCCGACCCCUACUCCAAACUGGACUCCAAGGUAAAGGCCGCCUUUACACGGGCAUACAAUAAAGAGGUCCAUCUAACACCAUACUCCCUGCAAGUGGUGAAGAAAGGCCGCCGUGGUGGGGGAGGGGACUUUGAGGGAGGGGAGGAAAUAAACCAGGAAGAUCCGGAGUCUGAAGACGAAGGAGAGGGGCUCAAAGCCGACGCUAUGAUUAAACAGAAGAAGGCCAAACCCACCAAGGAGUCAAAAAAGGAGAAGAAGGAGGAUUCUGGAAAGGGCAAAGGCAAGGGCAAAGGCAAGGCUAAGAAAUGACCCGAGGAAGAAAACUAGCCGCCCUGGUCUGGACUGAUGAUGUUCUCUGCACUUGUAUCUAUCCAAAGUAGUAAAACUGGUCCCUUUAAACACUUGAAUACAGACUGAGGAGCGUCGCACCUGUUUUUUAACUCCAAAUCUCGCCAUACUGAACAAAUGAUGUGCGUAAUCUUCUCGCUCCACCACCAUCAUGUCUGUACAUCUCUGUAGGAACGUGUCUCAUCAGGAGUGUCGUUUACUCCUUCUGAUAAUGCGACUUUGGCUGGAGGACUGUUUCUUUUUCUACAACUACAGUACAGAAAUGCUUUUGCUUUUGCUCUGCAGUCAGCACAGUUUCUCUUUUUCCUGUACAUUGCAAUUUUGUAAAAAAAAAAAAUCCAAACAAAAAUACACGAGUAUUAAUAGAGAAAUGUGU